AUGCCAAAAAGGACCGAGUGGACAAAAGUAAAAAACCGAGUCCUCAGCCACGGAAAUCUGCAAAGCAAAACCCUUUUGAGUGGUGAUGGAGAUAGACAGACCCACACUGCGACUCACCAACAUCCCCCAACAGCCGUUGCCAAAGACCUCUUAGACCUGUUCGAAUCCACGCUUGGCCCCGACACCGUCUUCGCCGUCGAAAUAUCCACCGACCGCAACAACUGGAAGUCCCGUGGUUUCGGCAGAGUCCAGUUCGCCACUCUCGAAGCCAAGUCCCAAGCCCUCCUUCUCUCCCACCGUGAUCGCCUCGUCUUCAAGUCCCAUUCCCUUAAACUCUCUCGAACCUAUGACGACAUCAUCCCCAGGCUGAUCAGGGCCGACUACAGGCUUGAUGACGACCUUCUUCAUGUGGGUUUUAUGACUAACGACGAUUGCUCGUGUUUUGGAGCGAUGGGAGAGUGUGAGAGGUUGGAU